AUGGUUUCCUUUGAUGUCACGUCCAUUUCUACUUCUAUUCCGCAGGACCUGGCAGUCGAGACCAUCAAACUACUCCUACAAGAUAAAUACGAUGAAACGGAUAAUCGCCUUGGACAAGCCCAAAUCCUCCAACAUCUACACUUCUGCAUCAGGACGUACUUUACGUUUGACGGAACAAUCUACGAGCAGGUGAAGGGAACUCCAAUGGGUUCGCCGGUUUCGGGGCUCGUAGCCGAGGCGGUCCUUCAACGGUUGGAUUCGCUGGUUUUCCGACAUCACAGGCCAAAAUUCUGGGCUCGGUAUGUGGACGACACCUUCGUCGUCAUCGAACGGAAUCGAGUGAUGGAAUUUAAAGAACAUCUCAACGCCAUCUUCCCGGACAUCCAAUUUACGAUGGAGGAAGUGGAAAACAACUAA